GAGUUGUACUUUGAAAAGGAGCGGACUAUGACACAGGAAAGAAAGAAUCGGGAGAUUCAUCAAGGAAAACAAAACAUUCGUUGCACCGAUAAAGCCGUCAACAUCCUCGGACAGUGAACAAUGCGUGACCUGACUGCCCAAGUCACCAGCAGCCUGCUGCCUUUCCCAAGAGUGACUGUGGACGCUCUGGGGGAGGAUGAGAUCAGUCUGGACUCUGUUCUUCAUGGGAAGUUCACAGUUGGCCGCAGCGGCCUGGCCUGGCUGGCCUGCGGCCCCCACCUCGAGGUUGUCCAUGCAGUGACAGGAGAACGGCUGUCGGCGUACUGCUUCAGUGGCGGAGGGGAACAUCCACCCAAUGUCCUUGCUGCCAGGGACUUCAGCUGGCUCAAACGGUCUGGAUUGCUGGUUGGCUUGGAGGAAGCAGAGGGCAGUGUGUUGUGUCUCUAUGACUUGGGACUGUCAAGGGUGGUCAAAGCUGUGGUUAUACCAGGCAGGAUUACAGUCAUUGAGCCGUUAGUGAGUUAUGGCGGCGCAAGCACCUCGACACAGCAUCUCCACCAGAGUUUGCGCUGGUUCUUUGGCAUUGCUGCCGUAGUAACGGAUCUCGGUCACGUUCUGCUGGUGGACCUCUGUCUUGAUGACCUGUCCUGCAGCCAAAGUGAACUGGAGGCUUCAGACCUGCAGGUAGUGACCAAAUCUCCCGCAGAGAUCCCCAGGCUUAGAGAAGUCAGCACAAGAGAGGGCAGACAUCUUUGUCUCCAACUGAAUGGGCCCAGCGGAGUUGGAGUCACAGCUCUGCAGCACAUCUCCAGGACCAACCAGCUGGCAGUGGGAUUUUCUGAUGGAUACUUACAGUUGUGGAACAUGAAGACUCUUAAGAAAGAAUAUCACUCCCAGUUAGAGGCUGGUGGGGUGGCUGUGUAUGCCUUCACCUUCCAGGAGCCAGAGAAUGACCCCAGGAACUGCUGCUACCUCUGGGCUGUCCAGUCUUCUCAGGACCUCGAGGGAGAUACGGUCAGCCUCCGCCUGCUUCAGCUGGCCUUCAGUGAAAGGAAGUGUCUGUCUUCUGGGAAGAUCCUCUAUGAGGGUUUGGAGUACUGUGAGGAACGUUACUGUCAGGAGUUGAGUGGCACAGCUUUCCCUCUCAGGGCCCAGACCACUAACACCCGCCUGCUGAGUUGCCAGACCAUUGAGAAAUUCAGGCCCCAUCCUGACAGGGAUGACAGCAUGAACGAAGUUGCAUCUCCAGACACCAGUGUGUCUAUCUUCAGCUGGCAAGUCAAGGCCUACGGACAGGGAAACCCAUCUACCUACAUCGGGGUUUUUGACAUCAACCGUUGGUACCAUGCUCAAAUGCCAGACUCUUUAAGAAUGGGGGAGUCGCUGCAAAAUUGUCCCUACCUGGCAGUGUGGUCUCUGGACCCAGUGGUGCAGAUGGUGUCUCCACAUGCCCUCCUGGACGUGGUGGUACACGACCGCAGCCUGAGCAGGGGCCUGCCCUUCACCUGCCCCCCACCAGAACAGUACUUUAACCCCACCACAUACAACUUUGAUGCUACCUGCUUGCUCAGCUCUGGAAUUGUGCACCUAACCUGCUCUGGGUAUCAGAAAGAGACCCUGAGCUUUUUGAAGAAAGCUGCUCCUUGUUCCAGUGACAUCAUCUCCACUAGCUAUUCUCGCUGCCUCAUGUCUGGCCUUAUCUCAUCUCGCCUGGCUGACACCCAGGCCUCCAGUCUCUCACAGGAGGAACAGCUGGAUGCCAUCUUGUCCACAGCAGUGGAGACCAGCUCCUUGGGACUGAUCACUGGCUGUAUCAAGCAGUGGACUGCAGAAGAACAGCCAGGCUCUGCACUUAACCUGCGCUACAUCCUGGAUUGGGCCUGGAACAAAGUAGUCCAGACCAAGGAGGAGCUGGAUGGCAUUUGCGCACCGCUGUUUGACAGCUCAUCCAACUUCACAGACCCUCAGACCUUGCAGCUGCUACAGCACAGCCAGAGACUGCUGGGUAACCUCAGUACCAUCUUCCACUGUCUACUCAGCGAAGCUCAGGAGCUCACACAAAAAGGUCUGGUGGGGCUGAUAAACAAGAACAUAGUGUCCAGUCUGAUUUCCAAGUACGCUCAGGUGGUCCUCUGGUUCUGUCGCACUGGCUUACUGCCUGAGGGAUCAGAUGACAACGCACUCCAGAUCUCCAGGCCUUUCUACACCCAUGCAGCCAUCAGCAACUAUUAUACUAUACGCAGAGAGGAGCUCACCAGGCUAGCUAAGGGCAAGUGGUGUGCAGACUGCCUGAUGAUUGACGGUUUGGUUGGCCAGUGUGGUGAACGCUUGACCAACCUAUGGAAAAGAGAUGAGGGUGGGACAGGGCAGUAUCCACCACCUACAUUGCAUGCCUUGUUGGACAUUUAUCUGCUGGAGAAUAUUGAUGAAGCUGCCAAACAUGCAAUUGUGAUUUACUUGUUGCUGGAUGUCAUGUACUCCUUCCCCAAUAAGGAGGGAGCGUCAGUGAAGUCUUUCCCCACAGCUUUUGCUAUCCCUAUUGGACUGGUGAAACUAGUACAAGGCCUCUGGCUGCUGGACCAUCAUGACCACCAGAGUUCAUUUGAGCAGCUCCUCCAUCCAGCUGCCUCUCAGUGUCAGUUUGAGUGGCAGCACGAGCGUGUCCUGCAAGCUCUCAUGUGCCAGGGCCAACACCCAGUGGCACUACGAUAUUUUCACGCUACGAAGCCCCCGAUUUCCUCCACCUCCCAGGCCAAACUCUGCCUGUCUGUACUGCUACACAACAGGUGUCUCAUAGAAGCGUGGUCCUUACUUCGGCAGCACUCUAAUCGCCUUAACAUGGUUGAGCUGCUAGGCUUCCUGUACGAGAGCUGCCAGGAGCUGGGCCUCAUCAAGGAGCUGCUGAAACUGCCCCUGGGUCAAACUGAACAGGAAUGUUUGGAGAAGUUUCUCCAGGGUACAGGGGGUCUCCAAAACAGAGAAUUACUAAUGGUUCAUUACCUUCAGCAGGCCAACUAUAUACCUGCUCUGCAGCUUAACCACAGCCUUACACUGAAUCUGGUGAACGAGCGAGACCCAAAGCUUAAAGAACGAUCCAAUACCAGGAACUCGAUAUUGGAUCAGUAUGGCAAAGUUUUGCCCAGAGUCCAGAGGAAACUGGCAAUGGAGAGAGCCAAGCCCUACCAGCACCCCUACACCAUCCACAGAGAAGUUUCUCGUCCGCAGCCACUUUCAACUAUCACCAAGCGCUCUGCCAGUGAGAAGGUGAUGUCCAGGGCUGGAUUUAUCAACAAUGUCCUGACCAAGAUUGAGGAGGUGUGGUUAGGCAAAGGAGCAACACCACAGUCCUCCCCAGCCAAGAACCCCAGGGCAGUUGAUAUUCAGAGCCCGAGCUCCAGGCCCUCAUCUUCAGCCCUUCCUGAUCCCUUCCUGGGAACUCCUAUCACCAUGACCUCCAAACGAAAGUCAAGGCUGAUGGACUUGGUGGUUCACCCCUCCUGUCAGAGCCCUCAGCCUCUUCUCAGCCCCCCCAGACCUCCCAGCUCCUGGGUUUCUCCAAAGAGCUUCAGCAAAGCCCCUGAACUCAGUCUACUGCAAACACCACUGGUCGUCAAGCGAGCUCGGGCCUUGGCUGCCUCUGGCCCAGAGUUCUCAGCCUUCAUUCCCCAGUCCAUCCUCCGCAGCAGCCUGAGGCCGACACCCGUCGCCACCCCUUCUGCUUCUCCAGGGCGCUCCAUCACCCCUCCGCUUCGCAGCAAAGAGAGCCGCAUCACCUUCAUCGAAGAGGCGGAAUCCCCUGAACCAGAGAAAGGCAUCAGAUGGACCAAUGGGAUGGCAGCAGAUAGUGAGAUUAGCUUGUUGACCAGAGGCUCCGCGCUGACCAAGGCUACAGGUAAAACCUGGUCCUCACAGCCUGCUGAGGAGGAAGACGAUAGAGAUGAGGAACGGGAGCAGCCUCACAUGACGUUCUUGCCUCCCGAGGGUGGUAUUCCCUCACCACAGCUGAGGUGCACAGAGAGCGAGUCCUCCUCCAUCCAUGAAGUCGCUGCAGAAAGCAGACCGUCAGAUGCAAUGAAAGCACGACUUAGCCUGAGCUUUGACACCAGUCAGACAUCUGUCCGGUCAACAGACACCACCCUAGAUUACUAUGAUGCACCUCUAUCAAUAGACCAGGAUAUAGAGGAGGGGCACACAGCCACAGAGAAAGAUGAGGAGGUAGUGACUUUGAACAUCAAAGCCCUAACCGAAAAGGAAGAACCAGAGGAAAAGCCCUCACCAACCACUGAGCAAAUCCCUGUCUUGACAUCAGAGAGUAGAGAGAAGGAAGAAGAGGAGGUGAAGGAAGGUGAAAAAUUUGAAGACAUGAUGGAGAUUGGUCUUGAACAGGAGGCUGAAAAUGAAGUUCAGUCUGAAAAGGAGGACGAACAGGAUAUUGAGUCAAGUAUCAAACAAGACGAUGCUGCAACUCUUGACCAUGAGGAGAAACCUAGUCACAGUCAAGUUUGUAACCAGGUAACCGAGAGCACAGAUUCUGGUGCUAGAGUCGAAUCUCAGGAUGAACCGGCAAAAGCCACUGAACAGGACGUUCAGUCGAAGGCUACUGAAUCCACAGAGUUCACUGAGCAUCUGAAACCGUCUGGAGCCACUGAACCCACAAACGAACCAGAGGAGGAUCUGGAUCAAUCAACAGAUCUGACAGAGUUUGUGCAGCAACAUCUGUUUGGCAGCGAUCUGUCUCCUCCGCUCACCCGCACAGGAAUCCACAAUGCAUCACGGCUGCAGAUGUCAUUCAACAGUGAGUCACUAGGUGAGGUUGAAGAGGAGGAGCAGGCAACUGCUGAAGCUCCCCCAGAUUUCACCAGCGAGAAAUCUAACUCCUCUGAGACAUCCUCCGAGCCAACUGGCACAGACUCCCACUCUGUUGUGAGUGUAAACGAUAGUGAAGAACUUUCUAGCCCUGUGUCUGAGGAAGAAGAAGAUGAUGAUGAGGAGGAGGAGUCUGAUCAGGUUGAGGACGAGGACGACGAGGAGGAAGAAGAGGAAGAAGAGGAGGAGGAGGAGGAGGAGGAGGACUCUGAUAGUGAGGUGGAGAUCAUUGAGGAAUUACAGGGCAAUGGCAGGCUGCCACCCCUCCAACCCAGUUCAGUCUUUGUCCAACCAGAACACACACACUUCCUGCCAAGUUUGUCAGAGCAGGCGGCUGCUGAGUUCUCUCUAAUCACACCCAAUGCAGAGAUGAAGAUGGUCGAAGAGGACAUGGAGGGUGAGGUGCUGAUGGUUAGACUCGGGGCUGAUGAAGGAGGGAUUGAGGCAGAGGAGAAUGAACAGCAAGGAUCAUCAUACAUGGAGCUCAAACCCUCUACCACUCUCCUGGUACCCCUAGAGCUUGUGGAGGGACAGCACGGUCUGGUCGAUGGUGCUCAGCUGUGUCUUCCUGAGAUUCAGCAAACGGUUGUGCCAGAUGACCCAAGGACUGAAACCCACAGCGGCUUCUCUCUUAUGCUGGAUAUGGAAGAGGAUGCGGAUAAAGAGGCUGACAUGUUACCUAUGGACAAUGACCUGCAGUCCUUCAAUUUUUCCACCGAGUCUCCAGUAGAGGAGGCGAGUGAGGAGCUUGUGGCCAAACCUGAGGUUAUUCUCUUGGGCACAGAUGACCAGUAUAUUCCCCUGUCCGGAGACGUUUCACAAGAUGACCUGAGGACAGAGAAGGACAGCCUGGAUCAAAUUGAAAUAGAUGGACUGAUGGAAUCAGAACCUGUAAAACUCCAAACUGACCAACAGACUGAAAACACCGGGACAAACCAGGAGACAGCAGAUGUUAAUAAGCAGAAGGAUUCUGAGUUAGUAACGCUGGCCGAAGAUCAUGAACCUGCAGCUCUUUCUGCGCCAACUCCAGUGGGAGAACUCCCAGCAGCUGUGGAUGCCGAAGACUCUGCGGCAAAGGAAGAUGCGGUGGAUGAGGACAUGGGAGAGGAGGAGGAUAAACCAGCCCCUGCUGAGGACCAUGAAGACCCUGAAGAGAAUGGGCCCUUUAAUAUAGACACAGAGAUUGUACCCAGUGUAGAGACGAUGCCUGCUAUAGAGGAGCAGCUGCAGGACCGCAGUGUCUUAGCAGAUACAGAGGAGGAUAAGGCAGAAGAAAUCACGAAAGACAAAGAAACAAAAAGGAGGACUAGGGGAAGACCGAGAAAAGAUAAAAAUGUUGAAGAGACACCUGUGAAGCAGGUCUUGAGCUCAAAUAGCGAGCCAGAGGAACAGGCUGUUCCAGAAACCCCCAGUUCUCAGAGGAAGAAGGCUCCGUCCACCCCAACGCGGAGGGCCACGAGAGGUAGGAGGGCCGUUACUUUUAUAUCUCCUCUCCUGGAGGAAGCAGAGGAGCCAGAGGAAAGUGUGAAAGUAGAUGAGGCAGAGACGAGCACUCUGGAGGUCCCUGCCUCACUUAGUCGUACACCCAGAAAAAGUAAACAGAACAAAGAAAUCAAAGUCCAAGCCAGCACACCUCGAAGAAGUGCCCGCAAAGCUGCGUCAGAGCCUCCUAAAGACGAGGUUGAGGAGGGAGAGGCCGUGAAUAACAAUACCACAGUUGCAUCAACCUCCAAGGCCUCUUCUCCAGCCAGACGACGGGUGUUCCCGAGGGCCACUUCAACAAGGACCAGCCAAAGGACCCAGACUGGCAGUGAGGAGGUGUCUGCAGCCACAGAGGGUGAAAUCAAAGAGGAGGAGGAGGAGGAGAAGGAGGACCAAGAGCAGGAGGUCACACACAUAAAAGUCGGUCGACGAACAAGCUCCACUACUCCCACACCGGCCAAACGCGGGACCGCUCAGAGAAACGCUCCGAGGAGGUCCAGCCGAAGGAUUUUGAACAGCAGCGAGGUGGAGUCAACGCCGUUAGAGAUCUUGACAGGGGAGAAGGAACAGGACGAAGUCUUUGAUCCCCCUGUCAAACGCAGCUCCAGGAAGAUGAAUACGGAACCGUCAGAGACUCAGCCGGCCCUGCAGGAGGAGGAAAGGAACAAAAAACAGCAACUUUCCAGCCCUGGCAGGACGACUCGACAGUCCAAUCGGAUUACAUUAAAUGCUUAUCCACAGGUGAAACUGGUUCCUGUAUCACUUCCUCAGAGUGCAAAAAAGACGAGACGAGAGACGAUUACUGAAAACAUAAAAGAAAGUGAAGAUCUGCUGGAGUCUGAACUAAACAGCAACGCUAGUCGCACCAACUCCCGUCGACCCACCAGGAGCAAACUCUGGGACCACCCUGAGGAAGAUCUUCCCUUACUGGACUCUCCACUGGAGGUGGAUUCUGAAACCCCAGUCGCAGACGCCCUCAUCAAGAGACUCCAGGAUGAGGAAGAGAAGCAGGAAGGAGGAGUAGUUGUUUCAAAGAUGGUUAGAGCCAGCAAGAGGAGUACGAAGUUGUCAGCGGAGGAGGCUCACUCGCUGCCUCCCGUCGAAGACGCCCUGCUCCCUGAACCCGAAGAGGACAAUUCUAGUCCAGGAGAGCAUUCGUUCAUCUACUCCCCCUCACGAAGAAGAACAAGAGGCCACAGAGCACAGUCUCCUGGCCCAAGUGAAGAGUCCUCAGCGCCUGCCACACGCAGCAGGAGAAGAGUAAAAGGUGUUGCUCCUCAGGAUGCAGUUGUGUCGGAAGAAGAUCAUGUGGAAGCGGAGAAAGCAGCAGGUGUUUCUAAAACCAGAAAAACAGGCAAACGAACAGCAAAAUCCAAAGGCAUUUCGGAGCCACCCCCCAUAACAGAGGUGGACCUGAUCUCACCUCUGCCCAGCCCCGCUGAUCCGCUCCCGCGGAGGCAGAAGAGGAUUAAAGAAGCGGAGGCCCCGACCUCAAGCAUGAACCUUCGACGCAAACGCAUAAUGGACAGUGUUUUCACAAAACCCGUCACCCGGAGGAAGAAACUAUAAGGAGGUUGGUGGUGGUUUUAACCAGUGAACCUCAGACAGCCACCUCAAGAUCUGAACCAACUUGGUUAGAAGCUGUCAAAUAAAAGCGUAUGCCUAAACUCAAAAUGGUUCUGUUUCCUCAAAUGCCUCACAGCGCUGCAGUUGUCUUUGUAUAUUGACUUCCCUGUUGGACAAUAAAAAAAAAAAAGCAACGAGAGGACUAUAUUUUUGGGGUUUACAUGUCCGGCUUGUACUAACUUGAUUUCACUUGAUAUUGUAACUGUUGCCAUUUUGUGACACUCCUUGUAAUCGGCUUAAUUCUUUGGGCACAGAAUGGCACAAGGGAAAGCAAUCAGUGUGGGUUUUUUAGACGUUCCCGUUAUUAAAACCAGAGACUGAACUGAACCUGCCUCGGAUAAAGAGGUUUUAUUUACAUUCUCUUUUAAACUUUUUUUUUUUUUUUUUGGUUGUUGUUUACUUUUAAGAUUUCGAGGCCUGCUGUUUUUUCUAUUUAAGAAGAAAAGCAACCAACCCAGUGGAGAUGAAACAUUUCUACUGCUAAAUUUGUAUAUAGUCUUUUGCUAUGUUCUAAAUAAAGUUAAUAAAUAAAUCCUAAAGAAUUAUGUUCAUUUUGAGGUUUUAAGUGUUUCAAAUGCAUUUGAUCAUCUAAUCAGACUGCCUAUGCCAUAGUCUUAAAAUUUCAGUUGAUUUGGUAGAUUUUCUGUGGAAGAGGCACAGACUUGUACACUAUUGCCAACAGAAUUGGACUGUUUUUGUAUGUCAUGGGGAUGUUGUAUAUUGUGACAGAGGGGGGAAAAUGGAAUUGCACAGCGGUUUGGAGUUGUUAAACUUGUUUUGGGACAUGUUAAUAGGCUUGUUUAAUUAAAUUUAUGGCAACCACCAUCUUACACAUAGGCUAUUUUCUGAUGAAUGUAUGUAGAAUGUCUUAUUUUUGAUGAUGCUCUUUGAUAAAUAUGGCAAA